UAAAAGUCUCGUGACAGCUGUAUUUACGGUUGUGACAAAAAACAGUGCAUCAAGACGAUAAACAAUGACCCUCGUUAUUAAAUAUUUGUUCAGGAAAUAAUUAACAAUUUGUUUUAAAUCUGCGGAUGAAAUGUUUACACCCAAGAACACUUAUGCGAUGCCAUGGUGGAAUUUAGGAGGGAAAAUUGACAGUGGUUAUGUGUAUGCCAUGUCCAAAAAAUCUAAAUCACGGGAACCGGUGUUAUUGGAUGCCGCGGAGGCUUCAGACGACGAGACCAAGCCUUUAUAUUCCGGAUCUUACCGGGGUCUUUCCUAUGCUCCAAAUGUUGCUUAUAUAAGGAAACCGCCAAAGGAUUUCCGAGCAGGAGCUCUUCUUAGUGCCAUUUUCUGUUUCUUACCGCUGGGGUUAUUUGCACUAUAUUAUUCAUGUAAGGUUAAUAAAUUAUACCAGCGAGGCAAUUUAACUGAAUCCAUCAAGGCCUCGGACAGAACACGUUUUCUGAUAAACAUAACCUUACUGUUUGGUUCUUUACUUUGGUUUGGUGGAAUAGUUGGGGUAGUUUUAUUUACCAACAGGCAUCAUUAGAAAAAUUAAAUGUUACCAGCUUCAGCAAUCUGAUUAAAAUCAAAUUCUCUGAUCUGCGCACUAAUAUGGCUGUACUUAGCCUAUACAAAGAUUGCAGUGAUCCAAGUGAGUGGAUAAAAAGAUCAGAUUUUAAUCAGUUUGCUUGAGAACAGUUACUACGUUAAACUUACUGUCUGUAUAAAAUACUUUUUUCAUACCAUUCGCAUCAGAUUCUUGGUCAUUGGACUGUCUUUGAAUUUUUUUUAAUCCCAGUUCACUUUACCAUGAUUAGCUUGAUUAGUAUUUUAUAUUACAAUAUUGAUAAAUCAUCCCUAUAUAUUAAUUUUUAUCACAACUAUUGUUUGUGUAAUCAUUUUAGUCAAUUUUGCAAUCUUAAAAAUGCAUAGACAUCAUCAUAACCUGAAUGUUAUAUCUUGGUAUACACAGCAUUAAGGGAAAACAACCACUGAGCUAGAAACCCAAAUCCUGUUUAUAUUUACAAAAUAUAUCUACAAUAUACAUAUGUACACAAUUCCUGUACACAAGUCAAUAAAAUGUACACAUGUACAUUAUCUCACAAAUAGAAUCUUUAUAGCAGCAUAAAUCUUUUCUACAAAAUCUCAUUUAUAUUUGUAAAUUAAU